GGGUCCGGGCCCGCCGCCUGCCAACCGACCCAUCCGUGCUCUGCUCUGCGUCUGCUGCUCACCCCACUCGCCCCGUCUCCCAACACACAGCGGCGGAACAGAACGGAGUCCACUGCCCGCCCGCCCGCCGCCGCCGGCAGAGGCCGGAACGGAGGAGAUAGGAGUCGCAGUCGCCCGCUCCGCUCGACGCGCGCGGGUCCUCCAGUCCGCCGGCGCCAGCCGCACCCGCCGCGCACCACGCCUGCCGGAAUCUGCAGGUGCUGCCAACAUGGAAACAUACACCACGGAUGAUGCGCUUACAGUCAUGGGGUUUGGGAAAUUCCAAGCACUUGUCCUUGCAUAUGCAGGCAUGGGUUGGGUUGCAGAAGCCAUGGAAGUCAUGCUAUUGUCAUUUCUUGGACCAGUGGUGCGGGAAGAGUGGAAUGUCUCCCCCCAAGAUGAGAGUAUUCUAUCGAGUGUUGUGUUUGCUGGUAUGCUUAUCGGAGCCUUUACUUGGGGCUUUAUUUCCGACAGAUAUGGAAGAAGGACUGUUUUAUUGCUUUCAACUCUGCUUACUAGUGGACUGGGUUUUCUAAGCGCUUUGUCUCCUAACUACUUCUGCUUGCUAGCUCUUCGGUUUUUUGUUGGCAUAGGAGUGGGCAGUGGGCAUGUAUUUUCAUCUUGGUUUUUGGAGUUCGUUCCUGCAGGAAAUCGUGGCACUUGGAUGGUUAUUUUUUCCUUUUUCUGGACUAUUGGCACAGUCUUGGAGGCUUCACUUGCCUGGGUUGUACUAUCAGCAUUAAGUUGGAGGUGGUUGCUGGCAUUGAGUUCACUUCCAUGCUUCCUCUUGCUUCCUUUCUUCAGAAUUACACCCGAGUCACCACGCUAUCUUUGUGCACAAAAUAGAAUGAUUGAUGCAAGGCUCGUCCUGGAGAGAAUGGCCAAUGCAAACCAAGCAGCUCUUCCUCUGGGAGUUCUCACAUACCAUGGCGAAACAAAAAUUGACUACAUUACUCAUACUUCUGAGGAUGAACACCUUAUUCGAGUCAGAGAGAAGGAACAUACAGUUGUGAAUGCUAUUAGCUCCAAAUCUGGUGCUAUUGCUGCAUUGCACAAGCUAUUAUCCCAUAACUUGCUCAGAUCAACUCUUCUUCUUUGGUUUGUUUACUAUGCAAGUUCCUUCGCUUAUUAUGGGAUAGCAUUGCUGACGUCGCAACUAAGUGAUGUGAAUAGAAGCUGUAGUUCUGAUCUGAUUUUUGAAAUGCACCAAAAAGAUGACAAUCUUUACAAAGAUACCUUUAUCACUAGUUUAGCAGAGAUUCCAGGCUUAAUGUUGUCCGCUUUGCUUGUUGAUUGGUUUGGCCGAAAAGCUACAAUGUGCUGCCUGAUGUUUGCAUGCUGUGCUUUCCUUGGACCGCUAGCACUUCAUCAAAAUGAGUUGUUUACUACUAUACUUCUAUUUGGAGCUCGUGCCUGUGGCACAGGUGGCACUAUAGUUUUAUGUUUGUAUGCUCCGGAGGUGUACCCAACAUCUGUUCGCUCGACGGGCGUCGGAAUUGCAACCUCUAUCGGCAAAAUCGGCGGGGUUGUUUGCCCCCUCGUCGCGGUCGGCAUGCUGCGGAGCUGCCACCAGAUGGCAGCCGUGCUGGUGUUCGAGCUGGUGCUGUUCCUCGCCGGAGUUGCCUGCAUCCUCUUCCCUGUGGAGACCAAGGGCCGCGAGAUGGACUGACGCAUGGUGUUGAGUCAGGACACUUGGGCAUCCACCAGAUGGGCCUCUAGCUGCUUCAUCAUGAUUCAUCAGUGAUAUAUCAUGAUGUUUUAUAGACAGCAAUACAACACUUUAUACAUAACAGUUUCGUGGAUAUGUUAUGUGUAUAGUGGAGACCUGUGUAUAAGGAAAUGAAUAGCAAUGAACAAUGAUAUUUUUAGAGUUC